GUUUCAAUUGACCAGUAAAAACAAUGAGAACAUUGCCAAAAACAACGCUGUCCAAAGGCCUCAUCAGUCUCUGUCUUUGUCUGCUCUUCAUCCAUCUCCAAUCUUUGGAUGCAUUGCGUUUACAUGGAGAACCAUUUCCGGCUCAAGCUGCGAUUUCCCUGAGAUCUUCAGCUAGAAUUUCCGCUGAGAGAGAGGGACGCAUAACUGGAGGAGAUCUGGCGGCUCUGGGAGAAUGGCCUUGGAUUGUCUCUGUGCAGAAUCAAUUUGGCUUUGAUUUUUGCGGUGGUGUGAUUAUCGAUGAUGUUUGGAUACUGACAGCUGCCAGUUGUGUCUCUGGUUUGAGAGCACGCAAUUUAAUGGUUCUAGUCGGAACUUUGUCCAGUUGGAAUAACAGUGCAUUGCAUUAUUUUGUGGAUCAGAUUCAUGUGCAUUGCAAUUUUGAUAAACCACUUUAUCACAAUGAUAUUGCAAUGUUGCGCUUGACCGAAUCCAUCAAAUACAACAAGGAGACGGCAAAGAUUUCCCUCUCCGAGGUCGAUGAGCUGCAGGAGGGGGAUAAGUUGUCCUUUGCCGGCUGGGGCACUACCACAGCUGAGGGCAGCAGAUCCCAAUACUUGCAACAAUCCCAGGGAAACUAUCUGUCUGUGGAUAAAUGCCGCACUGCACUCGGCGAAACUGAAGAUGUGGAUCUGGGUCAUGUCUGUGUGCAAAUGGAGAAAGGAAAGGGAAUUUGUUAUGGUGACACUGGUGGACCUCUGAUUAAUUCCCAAGGUCAGCUCGUGGGCAUUGGCAAUUGGGGUGUGCCGUGUGGCAGGGGUUAUCCGGAUGUCUAUGCUCGUGUGCCCUUCUACCACGAUUGGAUACGCACCAUCAUCAAUGGCUGUGGAAAAGUCUAGAUAUAUAUAUUUAAUUGCACUUGUAGUUAUGUCAUUAUCAGCUUGUGAUUAAAUGAUUUUUAUGAUCCAUA